AUGUCGACUUGGGACCACCAGCCUCACCCCCAGGGGCCAUCCAACAACGCUGGUGUUGCACCAACCGCCACCUCCUUGCCCUCCUUGCCCUCUGCCGCCGCCUCUUGCCAUCUGACACCCCCAGGGGCCAUCCAACGACACCCCUGGUGUGCGAACAACCCUGAACAUCACAGUUCAGGGUUGUUUGUGCUUGUUUUUUCACUGCUGCCUGCCUGGUUCACCCCACCACCACCCCCUGCCUCUCGCCAUCCAACACCCCCAGGGGCUGUCCAGCGAUGCCCCUGGUGCACAAACAACCCUGAACUGUGA